UUAAUCUAUAAUGGACCUUAAGAAGAAACACUUUAAAGAAUCUCAAGUUAGUACCCAAGAAAUUGCAACGAGUACAGAAGUUUUUAAAAUAAUGAAAUUGAAGCAUUGACCUUCUUUGAUGGAGUUGUUCUAUCUUAAUAAUUGAUUAAUUUCACUCUUGCCAAAGCCAUCUUUCAAAGACUUAAAAAGAAUAAAUGUGCCCAUGCCUUCUGGGAAAACUGUUAGUAUUACGAAUAUAUCUCAGAGACAACUGCAAAGUAAAAGAAUAUUUGAAAAGUUACCUAAAAAUGUUGGAAAAACAUGAUUCAACUCCAUCUUUAACACUUACAGUUCCAAUUCAAAACUAGUGAAUAUCAGUAGAUUUAUGCCAGAUUUAGCUUCAAAAAUACUUCCUAGGGCAACUUCAGUGUUCAUGAUAAAUGGAUGGAAGCUCCAAAAAUAAAACUUUUCAAAGACUUAUUCAUGCUGCGUAUCAUCUUGAUAGUCUUUGGUUUGAUGAAUGCGCCAUAUUUUCAGAAGGAUUUAAGAUCACUCCUAAUAGAAAAUUUAAUAUCAAAGUAAUAGGAUUUGGUAAUUGAGGAGCCUCCCUUUUCAGCAAUUGGGAGAAUCAUCCUGAGAGAUUUGAAGAAAUCAUUAAAGGCAUUUCUGAGAGUCCAAACAUUAAAAGAUAUCUCAAAACAAUCCGCGUAACCUUAGCAAGCAUCAGUAGAAAACAAGUGCAUGAUAUCUUACAAAAGUACAACCCUGGGGGUAAAAUCACUUUCUAA